AUGCCUGACGUCGUGGCCUGCUUUUUGACUCUGCGGUUGCGUACAGCAUAUCGUGGUCGUAACGAACAGCUUGUGCAAGCAGCAGAGAAAGCCUUUCAAAAGAUUGAGAAGCUUGAGGCCCUGAAGGCCGCCAACAUCGAGCUGAAAGCUGCAGAGAAAGAGGCGAGAUGUACAGCGGAAAAAGAAAGGCGCGAGUUACAGAGUCAAUUGCAGGAAGCGCGACAGCUAGUGCAUCAGCUGCGGGAAGAGCUACAGACGGUCAGGACGAAGAAGUCUCCGAGGAAAAGACUCAGCCUUUCUUCCUCUAAAGGCAACAGGCAUUCAGGAAGUGAGGAUCUUUUGCAGGACAACGGAAGAAAUAUCGAGCGCGAAGAUGAAGCAUGUGCGAUGGAAUACACGAGGAUGCGGUUGGCAGUACGAGCCAAAGAUCGACAAAUACGAGUACUACAGGCUGAGCUAGGGGAGCUGCGGCAGCAGCAUAUGGAGGUCCAGCAACAAAGUAAUAAGCAACAGAAAGAGAUUUUGAAGCUUGCACAACGUCUUGUAGUCAUCCGUAGAUCUAAGGCGCAAUUUGAGGCCAAGGCGGCUCGUACUGCAGUUGCCCUUGCCGCGGCUUGUGAACACAUGGAAAAGGAAAAGGAUGAAAAAAACCUUCUGAUGGAGCUCGUAUGCACUCGUGCCACCAAGGGUUUGGAAGAGAGCAGAGACUCCCAAUUGCCACCCAUGGAAAGUGGAGAACAAGUAGCGAACCGAUCAAUGGGUACCUGCGGUCCACAGGGGUCUGAGCCGCUUUGUUCUACGCAAGCUGUUGACGAUGAGAGGGCCGAAAGCGAUGAUUUAUGCUCAAUAAACGAAUGCAAGUCUCUAAAAAUUAACUUAAAAUUUGCUUGCCAGAGCCCGGCCUUCGAAUUAUGGAAAAUGGCACAGGUGCCUUUAUCGGGCCGUAUCCUUUGUCAAAAUGCUGGACUUUUAAUGCUCAGGAAGGUUCUGUCACACAGGUGGGUGGGAGAUAAUUUGUGCUUGUGUUCAGAUCAAUCUCGAAGACAAUCGGCACAGGCAGACAUGCACGAACAAGAGAGUUGCUCUGAGUCAUCGAGUCCUACAGCCGCACAAAAACCGCCUGAUUUCCUGGCAAAAAAAGAGGGCUUGAACAAACGUCUGAACACAGAUCACGCCUUUGCGGAAGGUAUCAUUGACCUUCGAGAAGAAGCCGAACGGGGGCUUGAGCAAAUGCAGACAAAAGCGUGGCUAGACUCAUCUGGGCCCGAGGGUGAGAGUGAAGGUGGUGGGACCGCAGAAGACAACACGGGUGUAACACUCCCAACUUUUAACAUGGAUCGUGUUGAGAGCUUCCAUACUGAUCAGAUGAACGAUUUUGCGGACUGCUUCACAGUGGAGAAGCCUAAGCCACAGCAUAAAGCCCAGCACUGCUCUGCUCAAGGAGGAUGCUCCCGAAUUGAGUGUUCACAUCGUGAAAUGUCACCAUCUCAGAUGUCGAAGAAAUCACUCUUGGGUUCUGAGCCUCAGCAAUGGCAGAAGGGAGGCUCAAAUAAUGCUCGCACUUCGUUGUGCAACAAAGGCAACGACUCUCUGCGGAGUGCAGUUCAAGACGAUGUGGUAAAAUGUAGUCUCGGACGAUGCAAGUACGGUUCAACAUUGCAAGCCCAGAAGGAUAAAUGCACCAUACUUGGCUUCGCUACCUCCACCUUGGCCGACAACGGCUCAAUCAGCAGCAUACCUCUCUGGAGACAGUUGCACCACGAUGAGGUAUACAAUAAUAUUCAGUGGAGCCUUCAAGAACAACAAUCCAUGUACCAGGAUCAGAUUAUGCCUCUGCAGCAAGUGCUCACGCACCAAGGCCAGGCGGUAGCCAUCGACAGAAAUUGCAAAACGUGCGAUUCCACUGUUGCAGAACCAGGUGGUGGACUAGGACACCAUGCGAAGCAGGAAGGGUCUGUGGAGCAUGAUGUUGUGUCUUGCACCAACGAAGCACUUACUGCUCCGCUGCCUGCCAAGUACAGUGACACUGAAGCAGCGUCACCUGUCAAAAGACAAAUGGAACAGUUUCCCGGUCCGCCUGCAGGACCCCAUUCCAGCACUGACACGCCAGCCCUUGGCGAAGCCCUUGGAUCUAGUUGCAUCACGGGCAAUGACAGGUCAUUGUCAUUAGAACCAGUUCUCUCCAGCCACAAUGAAGAGCUCUGGAAUUCGAUUUCAGCGGCAGCACCGUCUGCUGAUCUUUGUGCUAGCGCCAACAAGAAUACUUCUGGAAAACUACCGUCACCUUGCUCUGUGUACCCGAGCGUCUGUAGUACCCUGGUGGAACCAUUACACCCAUCCAACACAGCAUCUCACAAUGGAACAAGCGAACGAGGGAUCAUAACAAUUGAACGGCUGCAACCUACCCAGAGAGCCUCUGACAGACUGAAUAUACAAGAGCUGCAGACGCGCCAUGGGAAAUGCACCAAGGUACCGGAAAAGCAUAUCACAACGUCGUGCUACAACUCGCAGUCGGGAGUCAAGGAGCGUACCAAGGAACACCACAAAAUAGAUGCCUGCAGCCUCAUGGAGACGUCUGUUCAGCGAAAGUCUUGUGUUACCUCAAGUUUACUUGCUAAUGUGGGUCAUUCCUCAACGCAUCAGCUACCCGGGGCGGAAAGAAGGAAGGGGGAAAAAUGUAAUGCCACCCAUUUCACUGCGUGUGAUCAUUCGCUACAGGAAAAUAAUCUUACCUGCCAGGAAGGUCGACACCGUGCGUUAGAGCCAUUCAUGCCUCGCCGUGGAGUGCAAACACUACAAGGCCGUGUGACCCCAAAAGACGAGCACGGGCACAUAAGCGAGAACGGCAGAAGCUCUUCUUUUUAUGCCUGCAUUAGCCCCAUGCCAAGCUCACACUGCUCACUCAACACUCCGCGCUUGUCGGCUAGCGGUCAUCUUCCUGCAGGAAUUUGCAGCCCGCAAUCACGAAAGCACUUGCUCAGGCCAGGCAGCCGUUCGAGUUCCGGGUCCAUGCAGCUGAGUGUUAGUGAAGACUCACGAUGUGUAACUCCACAAUAUCUCCCAAGUACUGUGGAAUAUUGUAGAGACCUCCGAAAUCCUAGAUUACACGGCUCUCCAAACAAAGGGUCUUCUCGGAGCAAACCGAGCUCCACCGAUGAAGUUAAGAGCGAGAAAAUCCCUGUGAGAGAAGACUACCACUCAGAUUUUGAUUUUUCAGAAUCCCUGCCAUCAUUUUCUGUAGUAAAUAUUGCCGUACGUAUUAUUCAAAGGCAUUGGCGACUUUACCGUGAGCGCAUGACCAAAAGACAGCGAAGAAACGCCACCAUGGAGCACAACACACAAAAAGGUGCCUCGCUGCAGCAAAGGUCGGCAAGGCGACCCAUCUCUGGGCUGCAUAGCUGCCUUGAACAGGAACAGGACAGAGCAGCUGCAAUGAAAGGAAAGGUACAAGGGGACUCGCCACCAGCACCAAUGCACUUUGCCUCAGUAUCUGGAUUUGCCAGUGUUUCUUCAUUGCGCCCAGAACUCGCGUCAAGGGCAAGGACCAACAAAACUGACUAUUAUAAAGUGUUAGGGGCACAGACAAAGGCAAGCAUUACUUGCAAGCAUGGAAGCAACUCUGAAGAUGACGAAAAGCAGAUGGAAACAACCGUAGAUGCCCAUGGUAUUUCCAUAGGGCUACCCAACGCCACACCAGGAAAGAGGUCCACGGGUAGUAGGUUGCACCAAAAUGCGAAUAAAGCUACGCCGCCACCGCACACAAAGGCUGAAUCAUGUGCAGAUAUGAAUAGAAUGACAACAGUACCCCGUUUGGUAGGUAAAACCCAUCACGAUCAUAAGGGUCCCGUACGUGGAAGCCCUGACAGCGAUGUGGAGUUUGUCGCUCUACUGGAGGAAGCAGAGGCCCAUCAUGGAGCUAAGAGUUCCAGCUGUGAAUCACGUCACAGUCAUCAAUGCUGCUAUAAACCCCAUACCGAUGCUUAUGGUGAUGAUAAGAACCGUUUGGGGUCCGCUGGAGGACACAGGAGUAGUCAACAGUCUGCAAAUGUAAACGCGCAGCAGCGCUUCGUAAGCCACUCGGCAACGCCUCGAGAAGUAGAAAUGCAACGCACCCAGAACCGAAAUAGGAAGCUCUAUACGCAAGAGGUGCUCUGUGUUGGAGAUUCAGUAACCUCUGCGGAAGCGACCACCUCCGUGGUUGCUGGGUCACCAAAGCCGUUAUCUGCGGAAGUAUCGAGCUUGACCGGCAGUCCCCUGUUCUCGCCGUCCAUCCCUCAACUACCCUUAGAAGCCUCGUGCAAUCCUAGCUCGAUUUCUUUCCAAUCAAAAGGCAGCAAGCCGCAGACGAUCCAUCCAUUCCCAGCUGCCCACGACUCUCAUUCCUGCAGCCCUCCUGUUUGCACUGCCGUACCAGUGCUUCCCUGUCCUAUUGCAAGGCAACUCGAAGAGAACAAUAUUUGUCCACCAACUGCAGAUCGCGGCCACUGUGCGUUGAAGCGCCAGCACGCUACCCUGGAGAGAACACGUCGACAGAAGCCUCACAGUGAGUGCACCCUUAACAGGUGCUUUCUAGUACUGAAGAAACGAAAGGAGCCACAUUACCAAGAACGCUAA